AGGUCCCUUUAAAAACCAAACACAGAGCACUUGAGCUCACAGGACCUGGUGAGAGGCAAGAGCUCGCUCACACACGCACACACACACACACACACACACAGGCAAAGAGAAAUACGAGACAGACGUUAGGACCAGAGCUGCUGGAAGUUUAAGGUUGUCUUUCAGAUGUCCUUUCGAAGAUCUCAGUGACACAAGGACAAAGACAAGGAACCGUGACAACAUGGAGAACGGGCAAAGCCGGUUGCAGCAGGCACAGCAGGAUGUGGAAGAGGUUCGCGAGAUCAUGUUGGAUAACCUGAACAAGGCCAGUGAGCGUGAGGGGAAACUGGGAGAACUGGAGAACAGAGCUGACCAGCUACUGGAACAGAGCAAGGUUUUUUCCAAAACUGCAAACAAAGUGAAGCAAAAAAAGCAGUGGGAGAACUUGAGGCUGAAGGUGUUCCUGGCAGUCAUCAUUGGAGUCGUCGUAUUGGCCAUCAUCAUCACGGCUGUUGUGUUAAGCACCAGUGGGGAAUAACGGAAACCCAAUUCCGAUUGACACGCCAAAAGGAAGAGAAAACGAAUUGCUUUGUUUUGCAGGUUGCUCAGGAAAUCACGGAGUCGGUUCAUUUGUUAAACCCAAGCGUCAGGAUGCAUGCUAAAGCAUUCUAUCUGUCUUAUCUUUAAAUCUCAGAGGUGUGUGUAUGAGAUCUGAUGGUACUUGUGGACACUUGCUGCUGUCUUUGCUUUCAUUUCUACGUAAGUAACAUCUGUAACUGGCCUCUGUGCAGUAGUUAAUCAAACAAAUAUGUGUUGGAGGAACCGGCGGAUAAGGACUUUGAGAUGAAGGUGAACUUUCGGCAGCUUUUCUGCUGGAAAUGUUGAUGUUGGUCACACUGUUACUGUUCAAACUGAGGAACGAUGAAUAUUACAGUACAUCUUUAAAAUAGAUGUACUUUAUAGGGAUUACUGUUGGUGACGGGGUAUUGAUCUGUCAGAUCAAUAACCUUAUAGAAUCUAUGUCUAUACUGUCAGGACACUCUUCGGAAAAAAGAGGUUCCCUGUAGCACCCUAAACGUUGCUUGAGUCUAAAACUGUCAGUCAUUUUAGGACGAUAAAGUUCUGGCAGAGUGAAAAACAAUGAUUAUUAAAAUCUAUGACACGCAUCUAAUGCUAAGGUCUCACAUAGCCAGAAUCACUUCACGGUAGACAUCGGUAGAUGAUUUUUAGCCUUCCAGGGGCUUCCAGCACACGUUCCAGGCCCUUCCAUCAGAAUACGUGAGAGCCAGAGAGCUACUUUGACAGCCAGAAGGGUGUGGCUUCCAUCCCUGGAAAGUUUGUAGUGUUGAAAAUUGCUGUGGGUCAAGCGCUGGGGUCAGUUCAUCCGUCGCAACCAUGAUUGUAUCUGUGAGCAUCCUUGAGGCAUACGUGAGGCUUACGUGGGUGACUGUUGGAUUCCUUCACAAUAAUCAAGCUCAAAAUGUUCAUGGAACAAUAUUCUACAGAAAGUAAAAAAGCUUGCCUAGGGGCUUUAUUAGGUUAUUAGCUUCCUUAUUUCAUCUUGCCGUGGCUACACUGUACUGCCGCUGUGAAAACUGUACAUACUGCCGUCACUGCCAUAAGGCCAUAUGUCGCUAUAUGUCGCUACCGCCAUUGGUUUUACUGGCACUACCGUCAUGACUACCAUGGUUUCAUUUGCAUAUUUACUACGCCCAGAUUUAUGCAAUGGAUCGCCUGCAAAAUGUGCCGGAAUGGCCAUGGUAGGCCCCAGCCAUGGUUCUCACAGAUCAACCGGCUAUGUGUGACCUUAGCAUAAAAUGCACCAAUAGGAAGAUGGUGUAAAACGACUCCCAGCCAAACUCCCAGGACAGUUACAAAUAUGCUAGUAUUGGUAAUGAAACAUGUACAAAACAUGAGAUUUAAAAGAAGACAUGUUUGUUGAGUCGUGGUUAAAGCACACAAUCUGUAAAAAUCUUGACUUGCAUAUUUUCUAUCAUUGGAGAAUUUUCAUCGUAUAAUCUGACAUAUACACACAUUAUUGCACAAUCUGUUAUAGGCUUUGGUCAAGAUGUUAUUAAGUUCCUCUACAGGGUGUAAAUAGACUUUCCUUUUUAAAGGAUUAAAGUCAAACCCAUUUAGAAAGCUUCCAUUAUUAACCAUCCAAAGAACCAUUCGGGAAACUGUUUUUUCUAAGAGUGCAAGCUCAUUAUACAGUCAUUAGUAUCAGUAAAAAUAUUUAAUUUUUUCCCCCUCUAUAAUAGUUAAUACACCUUGUCAUUCAGCAUUGCAAGCUGUGUUCUUAGCAUCCGAUGUUUCUGAUGAAGGUGCGUCUGAAAUUUAUGCUGCUAAAAUAAAGCUUUUUUUUAAGUUGUCAGUUUGUUUGUAAGCCCCAUGUUUUGUUUUGUCUUAAUAUUAAAUACCAACAUUUCAUAUU